GUCAAUUAUAGCUUCUAUUUAUGGAAGAAAAAAAUGAUGACUAAGGGCAAGCCAUGGAAAUUUUCUUCGGUUAGAGUUCUGGUUGUAGAUGAAGGGAGUUUGGUUUCUGUAGGAAUCUUCAAAUCAGUGUUAAAUUUAUUGUGUGAGCACUCCAAACUUUCUAAGCUUAUUAUCCUUGGUGAUAUUAGACAGUUACCCAGUAUUGAACCUGGUAACUUGCUGAAAGAUCUUUUUGAGACUCUUAAGUCAAGAAAUUGUGCUAUUGAAUUGAAGACAAACCAUAGAGCAGAAUCUCAGCUAAUUGUGGACAAUGCUACAAGAAUCUCAAGACGCCAAUUUCCAAAAUUCGAUGCAGAACUGAACAUCUCUGAUAAUCCAACAUUCCCCAUCUCUAUUCAAGAUAAGAGCUUUAUUUUUGUGAGACUCCCAAAGGAGGAUGCCAGUUCUCAGUCUAAGAGUUAUCAUCACUCUCAUUUAUAUUCUGCGGUUAGUACUUUACUGCAAGAAAAAGACUUACAAAGUGCAGAAACAUCACAAUUUAUUGCAUUCAGAAGGCAAGACUGUGAUCUAAUUAACCACUGCUGUUGCAAGCACUACACAGGCCACCUAAUCAAAGAUCAUCAGAAUAGACUUGUAUUUGGAAUUGGUGAUAAAAUUUGUUGUACCAGGAAUGCAUACCUCUCAGAGUUACUCCCCGGAAACACCUCUGAAAGUCAGCAAAAUAAUGAUCUAGAGGCCAGUGGUGAACAAUUUGGUGGUACUCCUCAUGAUUUUGCUAAAAAUAAGCAUGACUUUGAAAGUGGCAUUCGGCUAUGCAAUGGAGAAAUAUUUUUCAUAACCAACGAUGUAACUGAUGUAACUUUUGGAAAGAGAAGAUCUUUGACCAUCAAUAAUAUGGCCGGCUUGGAAGUAACUGUGGAUUUUGGGAAGCUAAUGAAAUAUUGUCACAUAAAACAUGCAUGGGCAAGAACUAUUCAUACUUUUCAGGGGUCCGAGGAGCAAACUGUCGUCUACGUAGUGGGGAAGGCAGGCCGCCAGCACUGGCAGCAUGUCUACACCGCAGCGACCAGGGGCCGCUGCCGAGUAUAUGUCAUUGCAGAAGAGUCUGAGCUCCGGAGCGCAAUCUUAAAGGACAGUGUUCCGAGAAGAACACGUUUAAAACGUUUCUUGCAAAAUGAGCUGGCUGCUAGCUGUGUUUCUCCAGCGGAUUUCCCAUCCCCAUCAAAGGGCUCAGGAGAUGGUGUGGGAGCCAACACCCAGCCAGCAGCAUCACCACUGCCUACAGUCACAGCAGGCACAGUGACAAACGAUGUCACCAGGAACGAGGCUUCUUCGGCUGAUGAUGGAAAAUGGCAAUUAUCUUCAUCUGAUGAAGUGGAUACAGAUGAGGACUUAUCAAAAUUGAGAGGGUCCAAGAGAACCUGUGGUGUGAGUGGUGACGAAAGUCCAAGCAAAAUUCUUAUGGUAGAAGAAUCAACUCCACAAAUGUCUUCCAGACUUCAGAAUUUGAGACUAAAUAACCUAAUCCCCAGGCAACUUUUCAAACCUGCAAAUAAUCAAGAAACUUAAUUUUAUUUCACAUUGCUCAAAAUGUCUAUUUUUUUUUUUUUACAUUCAAUACAAAGUGGACACUGUAGCUUCAAAGUAUGAAGAUAAAAGACGAUGGAUGCUUAGACUGGAGUUUUAAGACGUUUGUGUUUGCAGAUGUUUUAAAUCCAUUUGAUCAAUGAAAACUGUAAUGAUUUCAGUAUCUCUCAUCAUGAGAACUAGUAGCACAGGACAUAAAUGGAGGAAAAAGAUGUUUUAUAUAUAUACAUUUUUAAAUUGUGUACUUUAAAAAGUUUUUUUUUUAGGAUAGUUCCUUAUAAACUUCCAUGAUCAUUGAGAGUUUUCUUUGCUGAUGGGGUUAAGCAGUGGCAAAGAUAAACUGUAAUUGCACCUGUUGAUAAUAUUGACACACAUUCCAGAUGUUGGAUCUUCUGCAAAGUGGUCAUUUUCCAAGGCUGCCGCUCAUUCCAUCAUUGCUACCUGGGCCCAGCACACCUUGGACUUUUUUCUGGAAAUGCCCUCUGAGUUGGGUGCAUAAUGUUUUGAAUGUACUCCACGUUGGAAAAAAGUUUUUUCUCUCAUAGUGAUUUGACUGUAGAAAGAAAAAGUUUAGAGGAAUAAUGCACCUGUUAUCCCAAUGUUAUUUUAAAUAGUUCUAUUAAGAU